AUGGUAGUGAAGUUUGUGACUACAAGGUCGUUGGGCCUUCCGCGAGGCCCGAAGCUCGCCAUCCGCUUCCUGCAAUACCGAGCCAAAUCAACGCAGGCUGUUCCAUCGAAAGACCAUUUCCGCAGGAUUGCGCCGCCGCCGCCGCCGCCUCACUUCUUGUUGCCAAAUAAGAUGCUGUUGCGGGCAUUACUAGUGGCCACCGUUUCAUCCCACUCAUGGUUGCUGAAGCCCGCUCUGAGAGUGCUGUCUCUUCUUGCUCACCCGCGAGUCUCCUUGCUCGACGUGAACAAAAACCCUCUACUGCGGCAAAUUCUCAAAAUGACGUUCUACAAUCACUUUUGCGCGGGCGAAAGUGGUGCGGGGGUUCAGUCUACGAUCCGAAAAAUCAAGGAUAUGGGCUUCAGAGGGGGUGAUUUUGACCUACGCGAAAGAAUUGUCAUUGGCGCGUCGGCCAGUAAAACAAAAGACUUCCCUACAUCUCAAAAUUCCCAUUCCGAAUCUGCCCAACAUCCCGAUAUCGCCGCAUGGCGCGAGAGUGUCCUAGAAACCGUGGCGUUGGACCUCAUGCGGGAGUAUAAUCAAAAGGGAGUGGCCGUGGUAUACAACACGUACCAGGCCUAUCUCAAGUCAACCCCCGUGAAUCUUCUGUCUCACCUCGAACUAGCGGAAAAGGAAGGGUUCACGAUUGGGAUCAAGCUCGUCCGGGGUGCCUAUAUCGCAUCAGAGCCACGUGCGCUUAUCAACGACACCAAGCCUGAGACGGAUCACUUAUACAACACAAUGGCGGAGGGGAUCAUCCGCCGUCAAUAUGGCUCUUUCGGGAGCGGAGACCGACCGUUCCCAUCGGCCGGGCUAUUCCUAGCCACGCAUAACAAGAAAAGUGUGCUGAAAGCGGACCAAAUGAGCCAGGAGCAGCUUUCGCUGAAACGACCGAUGACCAAGACCCAGUAUGGACAGCUUCUCGGAAUGGCUGACGGUUUCAGCUGCCGGUUGUUGCAGUUGGGUCAGGAGAUGAGCAAGACUCCCCGUCAGACAUCCCCCGAGGUGUUCAAAUGCCUCAGCUGGGGCACCUUGAAAGAUUGUCUGUCCUACCUACUGCGCCGCGCCGUCGAGAAUCGGGAUGGGGUCGGUCGAACGAAGGAGGAAUACCUACUGCUCAAACAGGAAACGAUGCGCCGGUUGAAGAGAGGUUUUAUGUAA